AUGCUCCUUGAUCCUGCGUUUUAUCUUCUCACAUGCUCCCCUGCUCUCACAUGCCCUCCUGCUCCAUUCUCCCAUCAUUCAAUGCUGUACCCCCAUGCUCAUGCUCCUAUGGUCACCGACCCCAUUACUACAGGACCCGCCAGUGGCGCGGCACUGGACGCGCAGCUGCAGGUGGGCACGCAGGUGAGGAUCAAAAACCGCCCAUUCACCUUCAACUCGCUGCGCUGCAUCGACAUCAACAUCCCGGCCAAGGGGGCCAAGAGCGCCCGCCACGGGGGCGGCAAGAAGGUGCAGGUGGCGUGGACGCGGGCGGGCACACCUGCUGCUUGCCGCGAGAUUCGGUUCUUUUCCAAGCCUGGGUGCAAAGGAUCGGCCGUGGGCACUGUGAUGCAGGGCAGGCAGCGGGCGAGGAAGAUUGCCAGGCCGGUGAAGUCCGUCCGCUGCAUCAUUGCUCAACCCAUACCCGCGCCAACGGACCCUCCAGCUCAACCCAAACCCACGCCAACGGACCCUCCAACUCAACCCACACCCUCACCAACAAACCAGGACAUCUGCCAGGCGUGCCCCACGGAAUGCAGGUGUGACGCAGCCUCGGAAGGCAGCGACUCUCCACCUGAGCCCAUUGAUUCACCGGAUGGUUCAUUGGAUUUUAUGGAGGACGACACUUCAUCCGAACCCUUGCCAGCAGACGAGGACAUCUGCCAGGCAUGCCCCGCGGAAUGCAGGUGCAAUGCGACCUUGGAACUCGACGACUCUCUUCUUGAGCCCGUUGAUACGACGGAUGAUGACCUUCCACCUGCACCCUCACCAACAGAUCCGGAUGUGUGUGGCAGCAGCACUCGCAACCCCUGCAAG